ACAAUUUCUACGCCAUAUUCCACAAUAAGAGACAGUAAUAGAACAUUCUCAUCUCAUGGUAUAAUGCAAUUGCGAUAAAAAUCAACAGUUCCAUGAAUUAUAAAUCAAUUUGAAGAUUUUCCUCCAGCCGCCAGCGGGGAGUCAUCGUCGGUGCAACAGUGUGAAACCAAGUGCCGCCGCGCGCGGGUGUGUGUUGAAGGGGUCGGUGCAGUGAGUUUGAUUCAGUGCCGGGUGUCACUCUGUGUGUGAGGGAGUGAGUGUGCGGGUGUGUUUGUGACCGAUCCCAUAAAAUAGGAAAAUGAUGGAUCGGUUGGGGUUGGUGGCGCUAGUGGCGCUGGUGGUGACCACGGCACGAACACGGCUGGGGUGGCCACCGUUGGCCGGGGUGGCCGCGUGGAAGCUCGACAACCGGAACAUUCUGUACACCAACCAGGAUAUCUCGUACGAGUGUCCGAUCAACACGAUGUGCCGGUGCGCGAGCCUGCCCAACGAGACCGCACUGCUGGAGAUUAAUUGCAACGAGGUGUCGCUGUACAAGUUUCCAGAGUUUCUCCAUGGGACGAUAAAACACAUCGACAUGUCACGCACCUUCAUUCACAACGUGGACGACGAAACGUUUCAAGGGCUUAGGCUAGAGUCGCUGAAGCUUGUGGACAACAAGAUCCAGGACAUCUCGGAGCGGAGUUUUAACUUCAUGCAGCACUCGCUCGUAUCGCUGGACAUCUCGGACAAUCAACUGCAGGGGCUGCCGCUGGAUUCGCUCAAAAACGUCCACACGCUAAGCCGAUUAGUGGCACAAAGGAACAACAUCAACCACCUGGACGGCAACUGGGGCGGGCUGGCGGACUCGCUGCGAAGUUUGCACAUCUCGGGCAACUCGAUAUCGGAGGUGUCGUUCUUCCUGCACGAGGACAAGCGACCGAACCACACGGUGCCCACGUUCCAGGCCAGCUCGUCGAUCAUCAACGCAAAGCCGCUGAACAUGCAGCAGGUGCAGACGCAACAGCAGCAGCAGAGCAAGGCGUUCGCCAAGUUGAAGAAGCUGGUGUGGUUGGACAUCAGCUCGAACCGGAUAGCGCACAUUAGUCCGAACACGUUCCCGAAGUCGCUGGUGACGAUUGAUUUGUCGAAGAACAUUUUGGGCCAAUUUCCGGCGGCGGUUUUGGAGCAUUUGCACGAUUUGAGGAUACUGUCGUUAAAGGACAACUUGAUAGCGAAGCUGGUGGGGGUUGAUUUGCCCGGGUCGCGGAUAAAGUUUGACAAGUUGGACCUGAGUGUGAACCUGAUAGACGAGUUGCCGGCCGGGGGGUUGUUCAACGGGACGGUACGCGUGAAGGCAAUUAACUUUGAUAAGAACUUUAUCCGGACGAUUCCGGCGGAUGCCUUCCGGGAUUUGGGGGUGGUGCACAUGGUGUUGGCGUUUAAUUUCAUCGAGAGUGUGGACGAUGAGGCGUUUGCCACGUUGGAGAACACGCUGGAGUAUUUGGACCUGGAGCGGAACCGGUUGUUGUCGGUACCGGCCGCAAUCGGGACGUUGAACCGGUUGCGGUAUUUGUACCUUACGUCGAACGAGCUGACAUCGAUAGACCGGCUGCCGGGCACGCUCAAAGUGCUGUCGUUAAGUGGUAAUAAUUUUACCGCGAUUCCGGUCGAGGGACUGGCCAAUUGCACCGAACUGUCGUAUCUGAACAUGGGCUACAAUAAAAUCGCGGAAAUCGAGGAGAACGACUUUGUCGGAUGGGGUGCGAAUCUGCAGACGCUGCUGUUGAGGAACAAUAAAAUCACCAGCAUCAAUUACGGUGCGUUUAAUGGGCUGGAGACGAUUAAGGAGAUCAGCCUGAGCUUUAACGACAUCCACUACGUGCAUCCGAACGUGUUCGAUAACAUUUCCAGCACGCUGAAGAUUCUGGAGCUGUCGUUUGGGAUUUACCGCGAGGAGUACCCGAUGGACGCGUUGGCCGUCCUAACCGAACUGAUGUGGCUUGGGCUGGACAACAACAACCUGAAGGUGAUUCCCGACGAUGCCCUGUCCACGCUCGGCCAGCUCACGUACGUGAAUUUUGCGUUCAAUCGCAUCACCGUCUUGCCACGGUCCGUGUUCCGGAUGGACGUCCACAAAAACCUGGUGGAAAUUGAUUUAUCGUUUAACCUGAUUGAAACGCUCCACACGGGCACGUUCGCCAAUCUCGAGUUGAUUCAAAUCAUAAAUUUGUCCUCGAAUAAAAUAAAAACCGUGGAGAAAAACAGCUUCUACGAACUGCCCUACCUGACGUACGUGGACCUGUCCUUCAACGGCAUCCAGAACGUGAGUGAGUGGGCCUUCAGCUUCCUGCCGGCCCUACUCAGCGUGGACCUAAUGCACAACGAGCUGGCCACGUUCUCGCUGAAAAUGUUUCGGCACGUGUCCAACGACACCAAGCCGAUGAGGCUCAACAUCAGCAACAAUGCAAUCGAUAAUUUCGAGGGGGACGUCAAUUCGCUCCUGUACGUCUACUCACUGGACGCCAGCCAUAACUUCCUGCACGACACGUCCGCCUUCCGGGCGCUCGCCAACUCGUUGCGUAUUCUCUACCUCAAUUGGAACAAUUUCACCACGCUCGGCAAUCAUGCCUUCGGCGAUUUGGAAAUCCUGGAAAUUCUCAACCUUGCCCACAACAAUGUAUCCUCAUUAAGGCGGCGCAGCUUCGCCGGUCUGGUCAACCUCCAGGAGUUUGAUUUGAGCCACAAUAAGCUUGAAGUACUGCAAAUUGAACAAUUUUCCCCGCUCAAAAAACUCCGCCUGCUCAAACUUAACAACAACCGACUCCGGGCAGUGCCACGGGACGCUUUCCUCAACACCCGCAUCGAAUAUCUGGACCUCUCAAACAACCUCUUCGCCGCCUGGCAAGCAACCGCCUUCGCCGACAUCGGCUUCACCCUGCGCUCCAUCCAAUUUAGCAACAAUUUGCUCGAAUUCCUCGACUCGUACAUGUUCACCAGCACCCAAUUCCUGCUCGAGCUCAACAUCUCUUACAACCAAAUCAAACUCAUCCCGGAAAACUCCCUUGCCAACCUAAACAACCUCACCAUCCUCGACCUCAGCGGCAACCCCUUCAUUCAACCCAUCAACUUCAAAGAAAUCUUCCUCAACGUGCCUCGCCUACGCGAACUCAGCCUGCAACACUCCGGCCUCUACCAUCUCCCUCCCCUCGUCCUUCCCCAGCUCGCCCUCCUCGACAUCAGCCACAACAACAUCCAGGAGGUCGAGUCCCUCGAAGAACUGUACUACCUCCGCGAGUUCUACGCUGACGACAACAAAAUCAACAACAUCACCAACCUGCUCCGCAACCUCCCGCAAGCCCUACGCGUCCUUGACAUCUCGCGCAACCCCAUCCGCAAGAUCUCCUUCCACGACUUUGGCUUCACCCGACGCCUCGAAGAACUCUACAUCGAGGACAUCAAAAUCACCAACCCGGACAUCUUCAUCAAGCUGCACAACCUCAAGAAACUCCGCAUCAACUCGCAGCACAACUUCUCCGAACUCGUGUCCAAACUGCGUGGCCUCCAGGAACUCUACGUCACCGUCUACGAGGACCACAUCGGGGACAACCUUUUCACGGCCAAAAUGCACACCAUCUCCAAGCUGAACCUGCUGGAAAUAACCGGCCGCCGGCUCGUCUCCAUCUCCCACAAAGCGUUCGUCGGCCUCGCCCGAAACCACGAUCUCCGUCUGCGGAUACGAAACACCCUGGUGAACGACCUCCCCCCGGGGAUCUUCUACGCGCUCAAGUACAUCCCCCGCCUGAGCAUAGACCUCUCCGACAAUCUCCUCAUAGCGCUAGCCCCGGACAGCUUCUACCCGAAUGCGAGCUCCUGGGACGCGGUGGGGACACGGAGCGUCACCGGGGGCCUGGACAUGUCCAACAAUCCGCUGCAGUGCGACUGCGGGCUGGUGUGGCUCGGGCACUGGCUGCGGCGGUGGCUCCGGGAGACGGCGCAAGUUAACCUGAUCCCGAAGGACGAGAUGAAGCAGAUGAUCAGGCGAGCAAAGCGCAGUACCUGCACGGACCCGCUAACAGGGCGAAGGCUCCCCUUCCUGGAGAUCUUCCCCGAGGACCUGCUGUGCCACGCGAGUGCCCUGAGCAGUUUGGCGCUGAAGUUGCGCUUCCGCUGCAUGAUCAUCUGUCUGAACGUGCUGCUGAUGGUGCUUCAGCGAAUAUUUUAAGCCAAACCGCCAAUACCGUGAGAAAGCAGCGUGCGUGUGUUGAAAUGAGAGAGAGUUAUUGAGAUUUUCUUUAGCGUGUAAGAAACGACCUGUAAGGUAAGACCUUUCUCCCUCUGUCCUGUAUCCUGUCCCACUGUCCCCGUUCCGAACGUUUUCUAGUGCAGUAAGAACCGACCUGUAUCGAUAAUCCCUUUUUAAAAACAAUCCUAGUACUAAAGUUUGCCGAGGAGAAAAAAACGCAAACGCUCGUUGUACAUAAAAUAGUAAAUAUUUUUUAUAAGUAAAAGGUCCAAACUAGUGUUAAAAGUGCAGGUGCGAUGCAUUACCAGAAAAAAAUAAACCCCUUCUGAUGUUGGAGAAGAGUGUUGAAGCGGCGCUGCUUGUUUCCCACGAGGAUGACGGGAAAAGGGCUCUUAAAAUGUGAUAAAAACGAAAGAUUUGCUAGAAGUAGAGAAGAAGAAACCCCUUUUAUGAAAAAAAAAAAAGUAAGAACAGUGACUCACGAUACGACAGCAACCAACACGAAGAAACACAAUCACGCGGAUUGAAAGAUGACGAAUACAUGUUUGUUUUUUAAAGUAAUUUUACUUUUGUAAGCUAACCUCAUGAAGAUUUUUGAAAAUAGAAUACUUGCUUCACAGCAAGUUAUUACAAAAACUGUUGGUUCCAGUAAGAGUUCUCAUACUUUAUGACAAAUUUUUCUUCUUUUCUGUUUGUACUCUGUUUUUGCCCUUUCUGUAAUUUUCUGAAAAGAUGGCAUUUUAUGUCUUAAAUUUAUUAAAAGUUUAAAAUCAUAAAAAAUCAUAAUAAAUUUAAUCUGAAAAGUUAAUCAUUCUAAUUAGA